AUCGACACGCAGCUAUUCACGCGUCCCAGGAUCCUCGGCGACGAUCGUGCAGGAUCCUCGAGCGAUCCAGACGCUCCUCGAUCACCGGGGACCUACACGCCAGGAUCAGUGGAGUUUUUUUUUUUUCUUGAAGACUAGUGUCCUCCGGGGUUCGGGCUAUGAGGAGGCCAAGUUCCGCUUGUUAGAGGUUCUUCGACAGAGCUUGCUCUCUGUAGUCAGUGAAGUGUCCCUUCGACCAGCUGGACCACUCGGAUCCUUCCAAGAUCGCUGGACCGUCGAUCAUUCGCUGAGGAAGCCACGAAGCAGCUAUGGUGGUUCUGAGUCGCGUUGGGUCGCCGACGAUGUCAGCGACGGUGGCCGGCAAUCAGCAACAACAGCACCCUCAUCAGGAAUGGGACAUCAACGACUCGAACGUACCGAGGGUGGUGGAGUACGAUCCUUGGUGCGAAUGGGCAGACGGACACGUAAGAAGGGUCUACGGGCCAGACUGCGAAGAGGCAAGAAGGCACGCCUCAGGUUGGGCGAUGAGGAACACAAACAAUCAUAAUGUCAGUAUUCUGAAGAAAUCGUGCCUCGGUGUCCUUGUGUGCUCACAGGAGUGCAUCCUACCUGGCGGUGGAAGGGUUCACCUUCGACCGGCUAUUUGCGACAAGGCGAGGAAAAAGCAACAAGGGAAACCGUGCCCUAACAGGCAAUGCACGGGCCGUUUGGAGAUCCUCUCGUGCCGUGGUCAUUGCGGUUACCCUGUGACGCAUUUCUGGAGGCACACCGAGCACGCGAUAUUCUUUCAAGCGAAAGGACAACACGACCAUCCUCGACCGGAAGCGAAAUCUACGUCUGAGGCGAGAAGAAGCGUGGGCGCCGGUAGAAGGGUGCGAGGACUCGCUGUUCUCUUAGCCAGCGAGGCUGCUCUGGGCUCGAAAUUAAUGUCACUGAGAGGAACGAAAAGACCGAGCUCGGAAGCGAUCGAACAGCCCGCAAGAGCCACGCAACCACCGCCGCUGAUUUCGGACAAAGGGUACUCAUGCUCCUGUCCACCGUUCGAGUGCAUGUGCGGCCUCCAAACGAACAUCUCCACGUACCAACCCUCUCACCACCAUCAGACGACGAUGUACCCUCAGCAAACACCCUCAAACGACACCCCCUACUGGAUGCAGGACCCCGUGCAGCCUCAAGAGAACGCGUUGGGCUACAGUCUACCGGUCCAGGUGCCCCAGGAAGCUUCUUACCCGGACUUCCCGUCGUUCACAGGCGAACUAUUCCAACCAGAAGAGAUCUUCCAACUGGACCAACCGCUGCGGCCAGAAUUCCCCUUGAACUCCCAGGACGUGGCCAGAUCGCCGCCCACGCUGCUGGACCUCGGCAGCGGGACGAUCAAGUACGAGAUGAAGCAGCACCAGGACCAGGCCUACUGGAACCAGUUCUUGAGCGAGGACUCGAGCAGCAGCCACUUGAGCAUGCCGCAGGACGACAGGCUGCAGUUCCCGGGCUUCGAGCCGGAGAAAGACGCGAACGGAUUCUGCGGGAAGAGACCGGUGAACAGCCACUUCGUCCCCGAGAAAGAGAUCAGCCAGAACCACCUGAACAACGCGCUGAACUUUCAGGAGUACCAGCGGAACCAGAACCACAAGAACUUCGUGGACGGCACGGUGAAGAACGACCAGCAGCAGCCGGGCUACUGGAGCCAGGACGACCGUCUGACCUUCCCCGGCUUCGAUCCGCAGAAGGACGAGGGACUGAUGACCACCAGAAGGGACGCGAACUGCUUCCCGAAGGAGAACUGUCAACCCAGCCUGCUCGAGAACUACAACAUGUACCCGAAGAAGGAGACCGAGCUGACGGAGGCUCGUCCUGGCCGCAGCCCGGCAGAGAACAACAAGCAGUUCUCGUACGACGCCGGCUACAAUCAGAUGUUCGAGCAGGAGAAGAGCCACAUGGCGAGCCGGUGCCACCAGAAUUCGAACAGAAUGGUGCUGGACGAGAGACUGCAGCCGAGCUACGGGAGCCACGAGACCCCCGACUCCACCGAAAGACUGUUACUCCCGGACUCGAGCGGCAUGGACAUCCAGUCGCAGAACAGCCCGGAACCUUUCUUCUAUCCCAGCAACGACCGGUGCCAUUACACCUGCGAGGUGCUAGACACGAGGCUGCCGCAGAUGGCCAUGAACACCGGGACCACGCAAAUGAACAGCUACGGCGACGUCAGCGAGCUCGAUCUGCCGCCGUUCGUCGAUUACACCCUCGUCGGCAUGCUCUGCAGUUCGGCCGAGGAGGACACGUCGAACCUGCUGCCCGGCUGCCAGCAGAACACGCAGACCUACGUCACCCAUCAUUAGAUCAUCGCCGCGAUCUUCAUUUGUAUUAUAAAUAUUAAAUAUGCGGUAUAGUUGUCCAUGGAGCGGCGCGGCUGUCCAGAUUUCGUUUGAUCCUUCGCUCGGCCGACAGAUCGUGUCGCGUUCAAAGCUUGAACUUUCGGAGACCGGAGCUUCGUAGACGCUGCGAAGAGAUAGUCGGAUAAGUGUUUAUUCGGGGAUGGGACUGAGCUGGCACUAGUCGUCGCGGUGAACGGCGCGGGUGGGUGGUUGAUAGUGAACCCCUGGCCGCCGUUCGACCCCUGCCAAGUGGCUACGAGGCGAAGCCGUUCGAGUGAAACUGUUUCAUCGUUCUUGAUCGAGGGGAUGAUCGCGCGGGCGAUCCGCGCGAGAGACUGAACGGGCGCGGUUUUAAAAGUAUUAUCACGUUUAACAAGACGAAGGACCUCCUUUUGUUAAGAAGCUAUCUCGGAUUGUUAAUUCGAUUGAUUUGAAUAAAGAACCUUUUGUUGAACGAA